AUGCACCAUGUCGCCGGUGAGAAUCGUCGAUGUCAGCUACGUCGCUGUGCCGGGAAAGGCUGCGCUGACGCCGGAAGCCAUAAUCAAGCUCAAUGCCAUGGAAGCCCGGUGGCUGAUUGGUCCGCAGCUGCAGCACCUCUUGCUCUUCUCGGGCGAGACCAGCUGCCGGCCUUCGACACCGCCGUCCAGUCCCUCCGGUCCUCCCUCACGGCGACCCUGGCCACCUUCGCCCCGCUCGCCGGCAAGCUCGUCCACCUCGCGGGCACUGGCGACGUCGCCAUCCGCUUCUCCGCCUCCUCCGACGGCGUCAGGUUCGUGGUCGCGGAGUCCGACGCCGACGUCUGCCGACUCGCGGGCGAGGAGCACGACGUGCAGACCUUCGAGCACCUCGUUCCGGAGGUGGAGAUGGGCGAGCUGCCCGCGCCGCUGCUGGCCGUGCAGGCCACGCGUCUCGGGGGAGGCGGGAUGGCCCUCGGUGUCACGCUGCACCACGGCGUCGCCGACGGGCGGUCGCUGUGGAGGUUCGUGGAAGCGUGGGCGGCGGCGUGCCGGGGGGACGCGCUGCCCGAGCCGCCUCCGUCCUUCGAUCGCUCCCGUGUCAGCCUGCCCGGUGGCGAGGAGCUGGCCCGUAGCGUCCUCACAAAGUACGCGCCGAACUUGCCUCUGCAAAUCGAACGACUGAAGCAGCACAUCGCGCGUGUCGGAGAAGAGUCCCAAGGCGCGCCGCCCUUGCGUCGCCCGCCGUCCACCUUCGUGGCGGUCGUGGCGCUAGCCUGGACGUGCUACGCGCGCUGCCGGCCUUUCCCCGCGGACGAGGACGUGUUCCUCUUCUUCUUCGCCGACGUCCGCGACCGCCUGGACCCUCCCGCGGGCGCGGAGUACUUCGGCGCGUGCAUCAGCCGGUGCCUCGCGAGGCUGCCGGCGCGGGAGCUCCGCGGCGCGCCCGCGCUGGCGGCCGCGGCGUCGGCGGCACAGGGUGCGGUCCGAGAGGUGGCGGAGGACCCUCUGGCCGGGUGGGAGUUUGCGAGGACCCCCACGAGGGCGUACGAGGCCGCCGACUUCGGGUGGGGGAGGCCACGGCGAACGGAGAACGUGAAGAUGAACCACGACGGGCAGGUGGCGCUGGUCCGCGCCAGGGACGGCGACGGGGUGCAGGUGUCGGUGUCCGUGCUCCGGCGGGCGCACAUGGACGCCUUCAAGUCGGAGUUCCUCAGCCUGAUGGCGUGA